AAAAAGAUUUUCCUGAACGUCCAUCCAAGCCAGUUAAAGAUGCAUCCCUCCUUUCUCCUGCUCUUGGUGUGUUUUCUGCAUGCCAGCAGCCUUCCGGGUGACAAGGCCGCCCCAAAGAAGAGGAGGGCUCCGCCGUGUGUACGAUGCUGCGGAGAGGACGAGCAGCUGGCCUCCAUCACUGCCUCCCGAUUCGCACGGAUGACCAGCAACUCUCGUUAUGCGCACCCUAAGGUCCAGCCUACCAUUGAUAUCCACAUCUUAAAAGGAGAAAAAGGCGAGAUGGGCGAGCGAGGGCUUGAAGGGCUCGAAGGCAAAACAGGUGAGCCAGGCCUGCAGGGAUCCCAUGGCCAGAAAGGACAAAAGGGUCAGGUGGGCCCCACUGGCCACUCCUGCAAGCAGCAUUACGCUGCCUUUUCGAUCGGGCGCAGCAAACCCCUCCACAGUUUGGAGUACUACCAGCGGGUGACCUUUGACACGGAGUUCGUCAACCUCUACAAGCAUUUCAACAUGUUUACGGGCAGCUUCUUCUGCUACGUCCCUGGGAUCUACUUCUUCAACCUGAAUGUCCACACCUGGAACUACAAGGAGACUUAUCUGCACAUCAUGAAGAAUGAAGACCAAGUGGCCAUCCUCUACUCUCAGCCCAGUGAGAGGAGCAUCAUGCAGAGCCAAAGCCUUAUGCUGGACCUCCUGGAAGGAGACGAGGUCUGGGUGCGGAUGUUCAAGCGGGAGCGGGAGAACGCAAUCUACAGCGAGGAGUCGGACAUCUACAUCAUCUUCAACGGCCACCUAAUUAAGCCAGCUGUAGAAGACACUCCAGCCCAAGGCUAAAGGUCCAGAGGUGGUCCGUCUACUCUUUGAAUGGUGCUUUUCCAUGGACGGCAGCCUGCUUGCUUUGCG